AUGAACCUGUGGAUGUUCCUUACCUUCUCUUCACUGGCUGGAUGCGCCCACUCCUGCCCCGAUUUCUGCUCCUGUUCCUUUCCACCUUCAGGUGCAGAGGUGCUAUGCAGCCAGAGCUCCCUUAGGAAUUUCCCUGUAGACGGUUUACCCUCCAACACCAGUCGAAUAUCGAUCCAAUCAACCAAACUCAGCAGUAUCACAGCCAGCCAUUUGAGCGCUGUGCCCCUUUUAAACAACCUCCAGCUGUAUCACAACAACCUGACGAGCCUUCCUUCCGAUCUACUGAAGAACGUUCCUCACUUGAACGAGUUGGAUCUGACAGGAAAUCAGCUGGUUCAUCUUCCUCCAAAUGUCUUCAGCCACGCUUCACUUCGGAGUCUUGUGCUGAAGAAUAACCUGAUUGAGGUUGCUGACGCUGAGUGGGUUCUUGGCAAUAGUAGCCUGACCUGGCUGGACUUGUCUGGAAAUCUUUUAACAAGUGUACCCGUCGCUCUGCUUCAGAAACUGGCCAAUCUGAAGAAUCUAGACCUGAGUGACAACAAUCUGCAAGACCUACAACCAGGCGUCCUGAAGAACCUGCACCGCCUGGAGACACUGAACCUCGCUGGUAACAAAUUAAGAUCCUUGAAACCUACAACGUUCUCCCGCAACCCCAAACUAUCACAACUGUUCUUACAGGAGAAUCAUCUCCAAGAGCUGCCGGAGACUCUUCUCCACGGUCUUCAGCAUCUUCAGCUUCUAAUGCUCAAUCAGAAUCAGCUGCAGUGUUUACCCCCGGGGCUGCUGGACAGAAACUCGUCUUUCCAGGUCAUUCUAAGCGGAAACCCCUGGGUGUGCGAUGAGAAGAUGGAGUAUCUGUGGAAGUGGCUCACUGUGUAUCCUCAGAAUGUCGUCUUUUUGGAAGAGGUGGCAUGUGCAGGACCUGAAGCUCUUAAAGACCGGAAAGUGGUCUCUUUAACUCGCAAUGAGCUAGGACUGACUCAAAAAUAAGUGAUGAAAAACAGUGCAAAUUAAUUCU